AUGGCAUCAUUAUUCAACGAAAAACCAGAACAUAUCUGGAAAACCAUCACAGAGAGUUUCCCUCUCGACCAAAGUGUGACUAGUAGAGCACUUCCACUUCCAAAUUCAGAAGUGCCAGGGUUUUCACCAAUUUACAGAAACGCCUACUCCCAGAAAGAAUUGAAAACUGUCCCUUAUCCUGGAAUCACCACCUUGCAUGACACAUUUGAACUUUCAGUUGCAAAUAACGGCCACAAGCGUGCUCUUGGUCACAGAGUUAAAAAAGCUGACGGUUCGUUUGGUGAAUACGUUUGGCAAGAUUACAAAACCGUCCAACAAAGAAGAAAUAAUUUGGGUUCUGGUAUAUUCUUUGUUUUACAAAAUAAUCCUUACAAGACCGACAGUGAAGCACACAAGAAGUUGAAGUAUGACCCAUUGAGCGAUGAUUCCUUUGUUUUAACAAUUUUCGCUCACAAUAGACCUGAAUGGGUGCUUGCUGAUGUGACUUCAACUGCCUACUCAAUCACAAACACUGCAUUGUAUGAUACCUUAGGUCCUGACACCAGUAAAUACAUUUUAAACCUCACUGAAUGUCCAAUUAUUUUGUGUUCCAAGGACAAGGUCAAAAGCUUGGUUGAAUUGAAGGAACAAAAUCCAGAAGAGUUGAGCAACUUGAUUUGUCUUGUGUCUAUGGAUGACUUAACCACUGAAGAUGCUGUUUUGAAAAAUUAUUGCCAUGAUCACAACAUCUCCUUGUUUGACUACAAACAAGUUGAGAAACUAGGUGAAAUUAAUCCAUUGGCCCCAAUUCCUCCAAAACCAGAAACUAAGUUUAGUAUUACAUUCACUUCUGGUACCACUGGUGCAAAUCCAAAGGGUGUUCUUUUGACCCACGAAACUGCAGUUGCUGGUAUUACAUUUGUCUACUCUGGGAUCACAUUACCAAGAGCCGAUGCCGUCUUUUACUCCUUUCUACCAUUAGCCCAUAUUUAUGAAAGGCAAGGUAUCCAUUUUGCUUUGACUUACGGUGCUGCUAUUGGAUUCCCACAAGGUCCUUCGCCAUUGACCUUAUUGGAAGAUAUUCAAGUCUUGGAACCAGACUAUUUGGCAUUGGUACCAAGAGUUUUGACCAAGUUAGAGGCUGGUAUCAAGGCACAAACAAUCAACAAUGAUGAAAAGCCAAUUUUGAAGAGUUUAUUCACUAAAGCUAUCAAUACCAAAUUGGCAUUGCAAUCUAACCCUGCUAAUGAAAACACAAACCCUUCCCAUUUAUUAUACGACAGAGUGUUGGGUUUGUUGCGUAAGAAGUUGGGAAUGAAGAACCUUAAAAUUAUUAUGUCUGGAUCUGCUCCAAUCAGUCCAGAGACUCUCAAGUUUUUGAAGGCUUCUUUGAAUACUGGGGUUGGUCAAGGUUAUGGUAUGAGUGAAACUUUCGCAGGUGUUAUGGCCAGUUCUACUUUCGAAACUGAUGCCAGCUCGUGUGGUCCUAUUUCCGUCACUACCGAGUGUAAAACAAGGGACUUGCCAGCAAUGGGAUACACUUCUAAGGAUGAAGGCGGUCCAAGAGGUGAGUUAUUGGUUCGUGGACCCCAAAUUUUCCUUGAAUAUUAUAAGAAUCCAGAGGAAACUGCUAAAUCCUUUGAUGAAGACGGCUGGUUCUACACUGGUGAUGUCGCCCGUAUUGACUCAAAAACUGGACGCACUUAUAUCAUUGAUAGAGUUAAGAACUUUUUCAAAUUGGCUCAAGGUGAAUAUGUUACUCCAGAGAGAAUCGAAAACACUUAUUUGAGUUGUUUCCCAUACAUUGCUCAAUUGUUUGUUCAUGGUGAUUCUUUGAGAACUCACUUGGUUGGUGUUGUGGGAGUGGACCCUGCGUCCAUCACUCAGUACAUCAAGCAAAGACAUGGUGAAACCAUUACUGAUGCUGCUGAUUUGGUUAGAUUCUUUCAAGAUCCAAAGCGUAAGCGUGAAUUGUUGGUUGAUAUGAAUGCAUCACUCGGUAACAAGCUACAAGGAUUUGAGAAAUUGCACAAUAUUGAAGUUGAUGUUGAGCCAUUGUCAGUGGAGAAGAACUUGAUCACACCAACUAUGAAGAUCAAGAGACCAAUUUGUACCAAAUAUUUUAAAGAUACUUUGGAUAAAUUGUACGAAGAAGGCUCACUUAUCAGAAAUGAUAAAUUAUAG